AGAGUAGCUGAGCUUCAGUCGACGCUGGAUCUUUGCAGUCAGUUCCCCAGCUAGUGAAGUGAAAGUGUUUCAUGAUGGCUGACUGUAUAAAUUCUACUUACUGCAGCAAAUGUUGUUUCCAGUAGAGUUGGGGGAAACGAGUGGAGAGACUUGGACACACUUCUACAUAGACAGCAAAAGGGAGCGGAAAUACUCACCACGGACCACAGGGAGAAGUCACGGCACGGGAGCACCAUUUAUUAUUCUUGCACUGUGAAUAAAUGGACUGUAUUCUACACAGGCACUCUUGCAUUUGGGUCCUGCCUUGGCCUACCUGACAGACCCGCCGCCCUCCUGGCCAUGGGAACAUCAACUACCAAUUCCAGAGAAGUUCUUGGGAUGGAUGACCACAUGCAGGAAUAUGGCGAGCGAGCUUCCAGUUUCCAACGACCCCAUGGGGGAUUCGUUUCCGGGGAUCAGAGCCCAGAGACGAGGGGGGCUGCUGAGGAGGAGGAGCAACCGAUGCAGCUCGGCCGGGCUCAACUUUCACCCUCGGACUGUAGGAGAUGGCAGCGGGCCUACUUCUCUCAGCCGUUCAUAGUAGAAGUGGAUGCAUCAGAUUUUGGAGUUGUGUUGUCACAGCGUUUUAGGAGGAGAGUUGGGGGAAACAAGAGGAGGAAGCUGGACACGUUUGUACACAGAGAGUGGAAAUACUCACCACGGAUCACAGGGAGAAGUCAAGGCAGUCCUGCGUUUGGGUCCUGCUUUGGCCUACCUGACACAAAUCCUACCACCUUGGACUGCAGUUUGCUUCUCUGGUCUUUCUUCUGCUUUGAGAUCCACUGCAAGCUGGUGGGCCACUCCAAAGACCUUCAAACAAACAGUGCAUUGGAAAAAAAAUCUAAUUUUUUUGAAUAUGUAUUAUAUUGUUAUGUAACCUAUAUAUACACUGAAUUCUUCCUGAAAAAAAAAUGAUAGUUGAAAAUUUCAUCCUUAAAAAAAUGCACUGAAAAAUGAAGAAGAGCUCAAGCGAUGAAGAGCUGGACUUUCUAAACAGAAGAAGAAGAAACUGAGAUUUGGGGU